AUGAUGUUUUUCAAAUUUUCGUACUAACAAUGAUGUUUACAAAUGUUUAUAUCUUAAAAGCGAGAAUUGCUUAGUUUAUUUGACCGGAGAAGACUUGGUUGCUUCCAUGACUCUUGUCCGGUUUUCACAUGUGGGACUAGCUGUAACAAAUAGAGAAGUACUGGCAGUCUGGCACUGUCAGACAUUAUUGAAUAUGCAGGGCACCUUGCCCCGGCGACGGCCCGCCAAGUCAACCCGUUCCACCUUCACGCAGCUCCCUCUUAUCUCUCGUAGUCCCAUUUGAUCCCUGGAUCACAGUAGCUGAGGAAACACACCUGCUGAGACUUGAGAGAGCGGAGUGGCCGGCGUCCCUGCAGCCGGCAAUGGAGCCCGGCCACGUCCAGCAAGCAUCUCCGCAGCUGGCAAUGGAGCCCGGCCACGUCCAGCCUGGCCCCCCGCCGCCGGCAAUGGAUCUCGACGACGUCCAGCCUGGCCCCCCACCGCCGGCAAUGGAUCUCGACCACGUCCAGCCUGGGCCCCCGCAGCGAUGGGAGUACAGCCUGCGGAAGUACCUCCUGCUGCUGGCCACCCUCGUGGUCACCGUCACGUACGCCGCGGGCUUCAACCCGCCGGGAGGCGUCUGGCAGGCCGCCCAUGACGGCCAGCCCGCCGGCGACCCCAUCAUCCGCUACACCUACUACCACCGCUACCUCGCCUUCUUCUACUGCAACGCCACCGCCUUCGCCGCGUCGCUCGUGGUCAUCGUCCUCAUCCUCAUCCUCGCCAUCCAGCACGACAAGGACGAGAAGGAUACCCUCUGGGUCGUCGUGCCCCUGCGGGUCUUCAUGAUGCUGGACCUCCUCAGCCUCAUGGGCGCGUACGGCGCCGGCACCAGCCAGGACAAGCUCUCCACCAUCUACUACGCGGUGAUGGUGGCCGGCGUCUUACUCUGUGUCGCCGUUCUCAAGUUGGUGGACAAGUGCUACAAGAACUCCGGCCUCAGCCCCGUCGCCGCCGGCAUGAUGACCGUCCCCAACCACAGCAACGGCUCCGACACCGGCGGCGCGAUGCCGACCGCCAAUCUUGGCUCCGGUGCCAGCGGGAUUGUCGCCUCCCACUCUGACCCCGAGGUGGAGGCCCAGGAGAAGAAAGCCGAAGAAAGGCUCUGCAAGGUCCUGAUGCUUCUCGCGAUUUUCGCGGUGAGCAUCACCUACGUCGCCGGGCUGAACACCCCGGGUGGCUUCUGGGACAGCACCGGGGACAGCCACCACCUGGGCGACGCGAUUCUGAAGGACCACCACAACAUACGCCUGACGGUGUUCUUAUUCUGCAACACCAUGGCGUUCGUGGCGUCCCUGUUCAUCACCAUGCUCCUCAUCAUCGACGGCAAGAAUCUCCACAAGAAGAAGGCUCGGUCUCGCAUGCUCUACGGGUGCAUCGUCGCCGCGCUGGUCGGGCUCGUUGGUGCCUACGCCGCAGGCAGCUGCAGGGAGACCGACACCACCGUCUACGUGCUCUCCCUGGUUGGCGCCGUUCUAGCAUACAUCCUCCUCCAUCGCUUCUGCAGUUCAGCAUCAAAAUUAUUUUGUUGUUGUUUCAGUCCAGCCCAACAACCUGAUGAAAAUGAGGAUAAUGUCAGUGCUAGAGAGGCUCUGGACAAGGCUCGCUCUCUUGUUCUACUGCUGGCCACUCUUGCCGCCGCCAUAACCUAUGCAGCGGGCUUGGACCCGCCGGGUGGCCUUUGGCAGGAUAACAGCAACGGGCACAUGGCCGGCGACCCGAUUCUCCUCACAACAAACAUUGCAAGGUACAGGGCCUUCUACUACUGCAACUCGGUUGCGUUUGUAGCCUCCUUGGUGGCCAUCGUCCUGGUCCAGAAGGAGAAGCUGGUCAAGCACCACGCGUUGGAGGCGGCCAUGAUACUCGUCCUGUUUGGCCUCAUCGGCGCGUAUGCUGCUGGGAGCUGUCGGGACGUGAACAAAUCCAUUUACGCCAUGGCUUUAGCAGGCGCUGUCCUGAUCUAUGUCGUGAUCCAUAUUGUCUUCUUCACGCUGGACCACACGGACAAGAAAGACGAUGCUAAAGAAGAUCUGUUGCUGGCAUUGCUGGAGAAGAGGCGCAAACGGUUGCUCCUCUUUGCAAUCUUGGCAGCGACCAUCACCUACCAAGCCGGCCUCACACCUCCCGGCGGCUUCCUUCUGCAGGACGACAAGCUCGGGCGGCAUCACGCUGGUGACCCGGUCCUCUUGGACAACUACCCACGCCGCUACAAUGCCUUCUUCUACUGCAACUCAAUAAGCUUCAUGUUGUCCAUUGCCCUCAUCAUCCUCCUGGUGAACCCCAAUCUGUACAGGCCAGCCAUACGAAGCAAUGCGCUAUCUGUUUGUACAGCGGUGGGCUUGCUUUGUUUGAUGGGAGCUUACGCCGCCGGAAGCACGCAACACCUCAAGACAUCCAUCUACAUCUUUGUGUUGGCAGUCGUGGUCCUCCUCGUUGCAGCCGGACUGCUGCUACUAUUUUUGCGGAAGAGACAUGGCAACUCCAAAAAAAAUCCGCCCUCAGCAGCCAUUAAACAGAAGGAUGAAAAGGGAGAAAGGAAGAAACAUGCAAGGCGCAAGUACCUGAUGCUGCUAGGCAUCUUGGUGGCGAGCGUAGCCUACCAGGCUGGCCUGAAACCGCCUGGCGGAGCAUGGCAGAGCAGCGACAGCGGGUACGAGGCAGGCAAUCCGGUGAUGCACGACAACAGGAGGCCCCGGUACCUCAUCUUCUUCUACAGCAACUCCAUCUCCUUUGUGGCUUCCAUCGUUGUCAUCAUCAUGUUGCUACCGCAAUGGCUGCGAAAGGAGCAGCAAGGGGAAUGGGAGAAAUGGUCGCUGAGGGUGAUGAACUGGACGAUCAGACUGGAUUUAUUUGCUCUCCUAGGGGCCUAUGCAGCCGGGUCCAACAGGGGGUGGAAGACGUCCAUGUAUGUCGUUGCGCUCAUCAUUGCCGUGCUGGGCUACUUUGUAAUCCACAUGAAGCUUUCAACAUGUCUUGAACGUCGCCGUAAGAGGCGCGACGCCAAAGCAGCCAUGGAAAUCAUAGUAUGAUUCAUUAUCAGUGUGCUUUGUGGUGCAGCUCCACUAACAUGAGGGUAGUCCACAAACUAAACCAAAAUUCGGGGCGCCUAUUUCUCCCCGUCUCUAGAUCUGUAAUCAGCUUAGCCCUGUCCAAUGUCUCUGCUCUAGCUAGCUCUCUCUGUUUUUAGAUUCCUAGUAUAGUUGAUGUAAUUGGAUGAAUAAUCUGCAUCCAAAUGGAGCAUGCUGACAUUGUAGGUGAGUAUGCAUGGUAGGUGACGCUUUCCUGACCCUGUGUGCACUGCGUCUCAUAAGAACCUGAACGGGAA